CUUUGAGGUUACGUAGUACUGUUUCAUGUUCGUUGAAUAUUAAAAGCCAAUUUCAGAUUCUUAAAUUUUCAAGAAGCACGUUGGUUUACAUAAUUCUCAAUAAAAAAUAAUACAAUGACUGAUUUUGGAGAUAGCUUCGGAACCGGCGAUAAAGCUGGAGACAAGGAAUUGCAAGAGUUCUUAAUGGUUGAAAAGCAAAAGGCACAAUUCAAUGCACAAAUCCAUGAAUUCAACGAUUUCUGCUGGGAGAAAUGCGUAGACAAGGCUGGAAGCAAAUUGGAUGGACGCACUGAAACAUGUUUGACGAAUUGCGUUGAUAGAUUCAUUGAUGUGUCCCUGCUUAUAACAAAUAGAUUUGCACAAUUACUGCAAAAGAAUGCAAAUUGAACUAUGUAAAAUUUAAUUAGUUUAUGGUAUAUUUAGGAAUUGUUUAUUAAAUUGUCCUUACUACAAUAUCACAGUUGUAAUGAAUAGAUGAUGUUGUAAUCAGGUGUGAGAAUGAAAUAGACUUUAUUACAUUUGUUUCUAA